CCUCUAAAAAUAUAUGAAUGAUUUUUAUAUAAUUAUUUUGUAAUAUCUUAUUCAUUUAAUUAUGGAUGACAAACACUUUAUAUGGGAUGAAAUAACUGAAGGUUUAAUAUUACCAGGAAUACAACAAACAGAUGAUGAACAAAUAAAAGGACGUGCAACAAAAUCUGAAAUAAUAGAUCCAUCAGAAAUUUAUUGUCCUCAUGAUUAUUUGAUUUUAAAUUUUUAUGAAACGUUGAAUCCAAGUCAAAAAAUAAGAUUUAAAAAAUAUUAUCUACGUAAAGUAGCUCCCAAUGAGCCAGACGUUAUCAUUUUGCAAGAUAUUAAAGAUCUUGUAAUGUUUUUACUUGCCAGUCCAGUCAGCGUUAAAUUUAUCAAUUUUUUUCACUUGCCAGUCGUUGAUCAUUUUUUAAGAGCUCUUAUAAUAUAUUUUCAAUAUUAUAUAGAAAUAUGGGAAAAGUUAACAGAAGAAAGAGUAGCUACUUUAAAAAAGGCUCCUAAUCCAUUAGCUGGUGGGAAUAGAAUAAAAUAUGCUGAUGAAUUACAUACUUUACGGUGUAUGUUGAGUAAAGAGUAUGCAGACUUAAUAGUAGGUUGUCAGGACACCAUAAGGUAUCAUCAUAUGAUAAGCGGGAAGAAAAAAGCGAGUGUGACACAGUCUCAAGGAGAAAAAGAUUUAAGAAUAUUUGAAGUGCUAAUUCAUAUAUCUCAUCGUGUUGUAUGGAUAGCUUUACAUCGUAAAUACUUUCACUUAAUCGAAUCAGAAUUACAUAGACUACUUAGAACUGAAGUUUAUAACACUGCAGAAAGAAGAACCGGUUACACCGUUAAAGAUAUGUUAGAAAGUGAUAUUUUUGUACUACAUGGUCCACGAAUACAAUCUAAAAGAAAAUUACUUAAAAAUUCUCCUUUGAUAGAGGAUUUAAUUUAUUCUCAAUGUAAUUUCAAAGUAUUAUCAUUAGGAAUGAUAGACAUUGAUAAAAGCGAUCCACGAAUCGAUUACUUACAUAACGCAUUACUUAUUGACGAAGAGAUGUUGCCCAAACUUGGAAUUAAAAUAGGCAUACUUGGACAAGAAAGAUCCAAUUAUGAUUUAAUGUUAAUGCUAAUUGAAUCAGAAAAUUCUAAAGAUGUUGACAAAAUUGAUCAACAAUCUGAUAAACUCAAAUAUGAAAGAAGCAAGAUCAGCAUAUCCGAUAAAUUAACACAAGAUAGUUCGGAAUAUGAUGAAAAUAUUGUUAGAAUGCCUUCUUUUGGAUUAGAAUCCAUGUUAACGACAGAAAUAUUUCAAGCGAAAAAAAUAGAUGAAUUGUCUAAAAAAUAUUCUAAAGUUCGUGAAGAUGCUAAGAAAAAAUGGAUUAUUAGACAAUUACAAAUUCGUAGUAAACAAAUGGAUACAUAUUCUAUCACGACAUAUUCUAUUACUUAAAAAUCAAAUCUAAUGAAGAUCAACUUAAAUGUAAUUUGGUAAAUUAAAUCUUUUUAACUAAUAUUAUGUUAACUUAUUCGAUUGCAUUACAAAUA